AUGGUUCAUAGAGACCCACUGGUCUCCAGCUGGUCUAAAGAUACUGCCAAGAUAAGACCGCUACCGUCAGAAUUGCAGGAAGUUGCCAAACGAGAAUUGGGUGAAGAUCCCCAACGAAUACCGGAAGAUUUGCAAGCAUUGAAGAGAUGGAUCGAACAACAGCCCCAUUUAAGGGCACGCACCGAUGAUCAGUUUUUGAUACAAUUUCUACGUGGCUGUAAAUAUAGUUUGGAGAGAGCUAAAGAAAAACUGGAUUUGUAUUUUGCACUGAAAUCCAAGUAUCCCGAUAUGUUUGGACCAACCGAUAUAGAUGAGCCUCGUUUUAGGGAAAUCUAUAAUAUUGGGUGCUACACCAUAUUGCCCACACCCUUGAAUGAAACUGGGCCACGCAUAGUGGCAUUUCAAUACCACUAUGACCCAAAUAAAUUUCACUUAGAAGAUAUAUAUUAUCCCACCAGUGCCAUGAUGGAACUGACCUUACUCAACGACCCCUAUGCCUGUGUUCAUGGCAUUGUUUAUGUUUUUGAUUUUGGCAAAAUUACGGCACGGCACUUGCUACAGCACACACCCAGUGUUUGUAAGAAAGUUGUUACCUUUUUCGAAAAAACUUUGCCGCUGCGGAUACGAGGGGUGUACUGCUUUAAUGUCCCAUCGGUUGCAGUGCAAAUAAUUAAAUUUAUUAUUUCCUUGUGUUCGGAGAAAAUACAAAGGAAGAUGCAUAUUUUUGGCCACGACAUAGAGGAGUUGACCCAGUUUGUACCUUUAAAAUAUCUGCCAAAAGACUUUGGUGGUGAGAAUGGUGUGUGCAGUGAGUUAACUCGGGAAUAUGUCAAGGGAUUGGAAUUGUAUCGGGAUUAUUUCAAAGACAAUGCUCAGUAUGGAACUGAUGAACAUUUGCGUAUUGGAAAGAUGUUUGAUUUGGAAGGCCUUUAUGGUGUGGGUGGAUCGUUUAGGAAAAUAAUAGUCGACUAAGAAAUAAAAAGUUAACACAGAAAUAUAA